AUUAUUGCGAAAUGUCCUCGGCUGAGGUACUUGGUUGCACCGGUGGUCAAGGCCGAAGGAUUAUGGAUGAUGCUGCGUUGGUGCGAUACGUUGACGACGGUCAUUGUGGGUCUGCAGGCGGAUGAAGAUCAUGACGAUCAUGUGUUUUUCAAUGAUACUGAAAAUGAAAAGGCUGUGGCGACUAUUGCACACUAUAAGCGAGUGUGGUGCGUGCACGCACAUGUUGAAUUUGCUGCUCAUCACGCAUGGCACAUUGGCAUUAUUCCCAGAAAGUGAUAACAAUAAGCUUGCUGUCAGCUUUACUUUGGCUUGCUACUCGUAGAUCUGCCCCCCCCCCCUUCCCUCCUUCUUUUUACCCCUCACGAUUCCCCAUACAACAUACUUUUUUUAGCACUGAAAACAUACAAACCCGUAGCCCCCUGAACCAUUUCCAAAAAAAAAAUAUUACACUCUUGAAUGAUGUAUAUUUGCUUUUUCCUUUUUACCCCACCUCUUUUGCCACUUGUUUUAUGAGCAUUUUCGUGGUUUGUUUUUUAUUUUGUUUAUUUAUGAUCAUUCCUUCACUUUUCCUUAGAUGAAUCAAAAAUAAUCGUUUGGUUUUACACAUUUAUUAACCAGAAAAAGCAAAUGUUUUGGUCGAUGUG